GUUCGCCCGGUCAGAAGGGGACGGAGGGGCCGUACCAGUCAGCUUCACUGGCACCAACAGCCUCAUCUGGGCCUUCUCCGAGUCUGGAUCGACUGACCUGGCCUUUCACGGCAACAAUGCAGGUUCAAUGAAUGUGGACUUCACGUGUCAGACUGCACCUGCUGCUGGCACCUCAAGCUCAGAUGAUGACGACAAUGAUGACGACGACAAUGGGGGUGAUGAUGAUGAUGACGACGACGACGAUGAUGAUGGUGAAGAGGAGGAAGAUGAGAACCAAUCAUCGGGGUCCACGUCAGCAGCUGCUGCUGCGUCUGGGAGUGGCAGCCAGGCGUGCCAGCCGUCCACCCUGCCGGGUUAUUCCUGCUCCGUGCAGCUCAAGGGAAAAGACAAUCCCCCCCCCCCCCCCUUCUCUUUUCUCCCCCCCAUCCACUUCACGACUCCUGUUAGUUUCAUCCUCCAUUGGAAGACCGGGGCAAACACAGUAGCAAUGGCUGCUGACGUGGCGACGUCUGGUUGGGUGGCGAUCGGAUGGUCCAAGAGCAGCAAGAUGUACCCCGCUGACGCAGCCAUUGGGAAUCUGCCACCUGGCACUCUCGCCAACGGGGCGGCGGUGGGAGCCUAUCACAUGAGCGGCUACGGCCUGUCUGACGUGGCGCUGACGUCAUCGUUCGAGCUGACCAACACGACGACCACCACGGCAAAUGGGAGAACAACAAUCACCUUCGAGCGCCCCCUCAGUGGCUUCGACCGGCCAGUUUCGGUGGGAGCCGUGCCCAUCAGCAGCAGCGGCGCCACCAGCGUGCUCUGGGCCUUCUCAGCCUUCGAGCGCCCCUUGUCAGUGGGUUCUGUCCCAUUCAGCAGCAGCGGUGCCACCAGCGUGCUCUGGGCCUUCUCAUGGUCUAAGCCCGACCACCCCUCCCCCUUCCCCCAUCUUAUCCACCCUUCACCUCCCGCCCACAGCUUCGAGCGACCCCUCUCGGUGGGUUCUGUCCCCAUCAGCAGCAGUGGCGCCACCAACGUGCUCUUCGCAUUCUCUCGCCUUGCCUCCCUCCUGUUCAACUCUGCCUACUUUUUGUCCCCCCCUGGCUUCACCUCACCCGCAACACAAUUGCAGCUUCGAGCGACCCCUCUCAGUGGGAGCGGUCCCCAUCAGCAGCAGCGGCGCCACCAGCGUGCUCUGGGCCUUCUCUCGCUCCGACUCGCAGCAACUGGACGACCACGGGCCAAAUGA